GACUCUCGGCCAACGGAAGAGCCACCCGACUCGUCCCUCCUCUACUUAAUGUUCUGCUUCACUACCCCCAGCCUCCUCUUUGCCUUUCCACUCUCGACUCAUCUUCUCUCCUCUACCUCCUCUUUGCUUCGCUACUCCCAUCUUUCUCUGUGUACCAACAGCAGAGAGAGUUUGGCUGCGUUGUUUCUCAUCCGAGCCACCGUCUCCUUGUUUGUUUGAUGCUCCUCUUCCCGCUAUUUGACCCCUCUUCCUAACUGGUACUGUACUUUUAGUUAUGAAGAGGUUUAGAGGUUUCAAGUUGGGGCGGCGACUAGUGGGAGUCUGGCGAUGGGUCGUCCGCCGCCGCCGCCCCAAACACUACCUCCGCCUCGACACCCCCUCAAAAUCCAACCUUUCGAAGACUUCGACGAUGGCGACGAAGAUCUUCGACUGGGGCCGCCACAUAGCCGGCCGCUUCUGCCGAGGACCGCACUGCAGGAUCGGUGCCCGAACCUCCGCCGACGACCGGAAAUUGAGUGCGGGAGCGCCGCUAAUAGAAAUGGAGGGGGAGGCCCGGCGGGGGUGGACGCCGCCGCCGAAAGGACACCUGGCGGUGUACGUGGGAGGAGAGAAGGAGGGCGGGCCGCCGCGGAGGUACAUGGUGCCGGUCAUCUACUUCAACCACCCUCUGUUCGGGGAGCUACUGCGGGAGGCAGAGGAGGAGUUCGGGUUCCACCACCCCGGUGGCAUCACCAUCCCCUGCCCCGCUGCCAAGUUCGAGCGAGUCCGGUCGCGGAUCGCCGCUGGCAGCGAGAGGCUCCGCUGCAAGCGCGCCUCUUCCCUUCUCUCCUCCUGAUGCGAAUCCACCUACCCCCCCCCCUACUUUCCGUACAAACCCAUGUUUUCUUUCCUCUGUUUUGUACGUACUUUAACUUAAAUAAUAGUUUCUUUUUCUUGAUUUUUUUUUCA